AUGCACGCCAGGCUCCUCAGCGUGCCGUCCCCUGCGUCCACCUCCCCCUCCUCCUCGUCCCCCUACCUCCCCUCCGCGUCCGCGGGCGCCCGCCCGCGCCGCGCGUCCUGGAAGCCGCGGGGCCCCGCGUCCGCGCCGCCGCCGCCUCUCCCCUCGCUGCGCGCCCGGGCAUCCAUGCAGCCCGCCGCGCUCCCGCACGACGGGCAGGGUGGUCCGCCGGUGCACGGCGUCACCAACACCGUCGUCGGAGUCCUCGGGGGAGGCCAGCUCGGGAAGAUGCUCUGCCAGGCGGCGAGCCAGAUGGGGAUUAGAAUCAUCAUCCUCGACCCCCUUCCGGGCUGCCCCGCGAGCUCGGUUUGCGAUGAGCACGUCGUCGGGAGCUUCACUGAUGGGGACACGAUCCGGGAGUUCGCCAAGAGGUGUGGGGUCCUAACAGUAGAGAUUGAGCAUGUUGAUGCCGCCACACUUGAGAGGCUGGAAAAACAGGGUGUUGACUGCGAGCCUAAAGCCUCCACAAUCAUGAUUAUUCAGGACAAGUACAGGCAGAAAAGGCAUUUCUCAAAACGUGGGAUCCCAUUGCCUGACUUCAUGGAAGUAGAUACUUUACACAGUAUGGAGGAAGCUGGGGAAAAGUUUGGCUAUCCUCUAAUGGUAAAAAGCAAGAGAUUAGCAUAUGAUGGUCGAGGCAAUGCUGUAGCCAAGAACAAAGAGGAGCUAUCUUCUGUUGUUGCUUCACUGGGUGGGUUUGAGCGUGGCUUGUAUGUUGAGAGGUGGACUCCUUUCGUAAAGGAGCUUUCUGUAAUUGUGGCAAGGAGCAGAGACAGCUCUACUGUCUGCUAUCCUGUUGUUGAAACAAUUCACAAGGAAAACAUAUGUCAUGUUGUUGAAGCACCUGCUGAAGUACCUGACAAAAUAAAGAAGUUGGCUACUAGUGUGGCUGAAAAAGCUAUCAAGUCAUUAGAAGGAGCUGGUGUUUUUGCUGUAGAGUUAUUUUUAACAGAAGACAAUCAGAUUUUAUUGAAUGAAGUAGCCCCUAGGCCUCACAACAGUGGGCAUCACACAAUAGAGUCAUGCUACACCUCACAAUAUGAGCAGCAUUUACGUGCUAUUCUUGGCCUUCCUCUUGGUGACCCUUCAAUGAAAGCUCCUGCAGCAAUAAUGUACAACAUCCUGGGUGAGGAUGAGGGUGAGGCAGCGGAUUCUUUUUGGCUCAUCAGCUUAUCAGGAGGGCUAAAACAUUCCAGGCGCAUCAGUCCAUUGAUGCGGAAGCAAAGGAAGAUGGGUCAUAUUACAAUUGUGGGGUCUUCUAAGAUAAGUGUAAAAUCACGCUUGGACAAUUUGCUGCAAAGCAACUCAUCUGAUCCCAAGGAAGUUAGCCCUCGUGUCGCUAUUAUAAUGGGAUCUCAGUCUGAUCUUCCUGUGAUGAAAGAUGCUGAGAGAGUUUUGAAAGAGUUCAACAUACCUUGUGAGCAAACUAUUGUUUCUGCACAUCGUACACCAGAGCGGAUGUAUGAUUAUGCGAAGUCUGCUAAAGACAGAGGUUUUGAGGUCAUAAUUGCAGGUGCAGGUGGAGCAGCUCAUUUACCAGGGAUGGUAGCUUCAUUGACUUCUCUUCCAGUAAUUGGAGUUCCCAUCAAGACAUCAACACUGUCAGGAUUUGAUUCCCUCCUAUCUAUUGUGCAAAUGCCAAAAGGUAUCCCUGUUGCGACUGUUGCUAUCGGGAAUGCAGAAAAUGCAGGUUUGUUGGCAGUUAGGAUUCUGGCCGCAAGAGAUCCUGAGCUUUGGGACAGGGUAACUAAGUACCAGAAUGAUCUGAGGGACAUGGUUUUGGAGACAGCAGAAAGGCUGGAGGACCUAGGCUCGCAGGAAUUUCUGAAGGGAAUGGCUUGA